UUAACUAAAUAAAUGGUAUGUUUCUGCACCUUUCUCUUCCUUCUCAUGUGCCUCCAUUCUUUUUUCUUCCUUCCUUCCUUAUUGUUUAUUCCAUCUCACAGCAGAACAAUUUUUUUUUGUUAAUUCUAAGAAUGCAGAAUUAUAACUCUCUCAAAAAAGAAAUCUUGAAGAAAUGGAUAAAUGGUCUUCAAAUAUGCAGUUCUUUAAAAGAAAACAUGCCAUUAUUACAAAGAAAGAAAGCCAUAAAACUAUCAGCUGAUUUAGCCAUGGCUUCCACUACUAUAAAUAGUAAAAGAUCAAAUUAUAAUUGGAGCCGUGCCCUCAUCAACAAGGCCUCUAAAGAUAGCGAAACCGCGAAUUUUGCUAAGAAAAUCUUGCAAGGUAAUCUCUUCUCCAAUGUAACAUUCUUAUCUAAGUCGAAAACAAGAACGAUCAGAGUUAAUCAGUGCAUUAACAAGCGUACAAAAACGACUUCAAGGAAGAUGUACAAAUAUGGCCCUAGAAAUUCAUGUGGAGUUUCUAAAAAUAGAAGUCUUAAUUAUAAGGUGAAAGCUAGGUCAAUAGCAAAGAGGUUGGUGAAGAAGAGAACACAAAUUCUAAAAGGGCUAAUUCCUGGUGGAGAAUCCUUAGAUGAAUACUCUUUGGUUAAGGAAACUCUUGAUUAUAUUGUUUCACUAAAAGCUCAAGUUGAUGUAAUGCAACAUCUUGCCAAUUCUCCUCAACUUCUCAUUGAUAAUUAUCUCGAUUGUCAUGACAUGUGAUUAGGUUUUAAUGAACUCAUUAUCAUAAAUCUACUGCGCACAUUUGUUCUU